AUGACAACUCGCAUCCCGCCCUACGACAUCCCCGAGCCAACUCCUUUGACCAAGGACGAGGUACGGCAGAAAUACGCCCGCUUCGAAUCGCUUCGAGCGCAGCUCGCUGCCUCCAACUUUCGCGGCCAGCUCGCCAUUCGCGGCGAACCUGUAUUUGCAAAGAGCAUCACCAUCUUCAACGAUGCUGCUCCUCUUGGUGGCUGGAUGGUCGCCAUCCCCCUCGACGUUCAUGACAUUUCGACCGUCGUCAAAUUCUGCAACCUACACUUUCUGUCACCCUCCGUCAAGUCGGGUGGAUUUGCAACUGCUGGCUGGGCUAUUCAGGGCGAGGUCGUCAUCGACACUUCCUUGAUGGACGAUGUCAAAUUGGUGGUGCCCAAGCGGUCGGCUGCCGACGGAGCAUCAGACAUGCACGAUCCUGAUUCUUCGCCCUUGACAGUGCCCGCUGUUGGUCCGGCUGCCACCUAUCAUCCAACGGGCAUGUGCGCCAACGGCUCCGAUGAUGCCUCUUCAUCGUCGUCCAACCCGUCGUCGUCACAACCCAUCCCCAGCCUCGGGCUGGCGCCGCCUGCUUCGUCCGCAUCGACUGCCAUUGAUCCCAUCACUGCUCAUACAGACGCAGACUCGAUCACAUUCCACAGCGACUCGGUCAGCGCGGCAGACCGACAAGUCACGCAGCAGAUUCACAACCCAUUGGCCACUCCUAUUCAGGACCAGGCCACCAAGACUGACAUGCCCAAAAGCGAAUCUGAAGACAUCGAUCCACAAGAUGCCGUCACGAAUGCUCUCAAGCGCAAAGCUCGCGAGUCGGACCAAGCUUUCGUUGGCUCCUCUGACGUCGCAAGCGUGGGCGGCGCCGCCGCCUCCGCAGCCAAGCGCAGGGCCGACUCGCUCGUGCCACCCGAGGAAGCCGACAUCAAACCGCAACCCAUGCAGCAGGGUCAAAGCCACGAAAGCGGCGCAGACGCCGACAGCGAGAGCUCCUAUGCAAGCUCUCACAAUUCCGACCAACAAGCGCAACAUGCUCAGCAGCACGGCUCCAGAUCAGAUCGCAUGCAGUCCUCAAGUGGCGGGAGCAAUUCUCGCAGCGUCGCCGCGACAAGAAGCGACUUCCUCAACGCCUCCGAGCCCCGUGACUCUGCACCGCUGUUUCCCACUUCUGGCUCGGCCUUUGACUCCGGCUCUGGAUCCUCUUCAUCUCUCACACGCGCCGCACCCGUUCCCGCCAGGGCGUGGGUCGACCGCCAGCUUGACUUGUCCGGCAACGCUUCUGAUUCGCCCAGCGGCAGCAAUUCCGGUUCCACUGGCGGCACAAGCUCGUCUCAUCUCGCCUCGAGCCUCACUUCGGCGUCCAAGCAGUCUACCGGCAAGUCUUCCGGCACCGGCGGAAACCAUGUGGAUGGCAAGGCAGACGGUGGUGCUGACGAGGGCGUCACCACUGACGGCGUAGGCGACGAGAGGAUGCCUUUCAAGCGUCCGUCGACGAUCCUUCUGCCCGAGAGCGAGGCCAUGUCCGCGACACAGCAACGCCGAUCCGCGCGCUCCGUCUCUGGCUCAGGGUCUGGAUCCGCUUCGGAUUCGAGUCGACGCCGACGCGAUAUGGCCGACAGUCGAACUCCUGAUGAUUGGGACACCAACGCGAGCGCGGAGCAUCUGCGAUGGCAUCGACACCAUCGCCCGCCAUCGGGCACGCUGGGAGAGAGGCUCAAGCUGCCCGAGGGUGGCUUCGUCUGGCGAAGCGAUGGCGCGGAUGCUGGCAUCUCGAGCGUCUCGGCCAUUCCUGGCUCCUUGCCCUGGGACUCGACAGCGUUCGCAGCGAGUCCCGAGGCACUCGCGGCUACACGAGCCACGUCUCGUAGCUCUCGCUCCUCGUCAAACGAAGGAUCGUCCAGCGAGCUGGAGACGGGUCGUACGAAUGGAUCGGGUUACUUUGGUGCAUCAACGCUCAGCGAUCUGCAAGACGCUUGGCCUUCGGGCACGUGGGCGGUCAACUCGGAUGUCAACAACGACGCCAACUCGAACCUGCCGCGCUUCAUCCCUUCGCCAUUGCAAAAGUACGGCUCGCCUUCUCCGACGCCCCAGCCACAGGACGCUAGCAAUCCGUACGUGUUCGACGCUCGGCCCGAGGGUUAUCACAACGUAGCUUCGGCCAUCCUGCCCCCUGGUCUGUACGAAGACCGGUACGCCCUGGCAAGUUUCGGACCAGGAGUGGGCAUUCGCGGUCUGGACGCCUUCACCGAUCGGGCGGGACGCGAGGGCAACUUUCUGGCUGCUCAGGAUGAGAAGGCUAAAGGCAAAGGCAGGCAAGUAGAGCAGUCGGAUGUCUGCCCUCCACUGGUCGUCAAUGGCGUGCCUUACCAUGUGCCCGUCUCGGCAUAUCCUGUCGGAUCCACCGCCAUGACGACAGGUGGAUUCGGCUACCUGACGAGGGCGUACGGCCUUUCGCUGGACAAUAUUGUCGAGGUAGAGAUGGUCCUAGCCGACGGCAGCAUCGUGACGCUCAACGAAGAGUCAAAGACCAAGACGCAGCGGGAUCGGGAUCUGUGGUGGGCGGUCAGGGGUGCAGCGCCGUGUUUCGGUAUCGUCACGCGGCUCACUGCCAAGGCAUAUCCGGUGCCGUCGGUGUACUCGGGCAACCUGAUCUACCCGCUCAACCCUGCAACGGCGAGCUCGUUGAUUCGGCACUGGCGCGACUGCCUGAAAGCGGGGCUUCCACGAAAGUUUUACACCAACCUGAUCCUCACUGCAGGGCCGAGCAAGACGUCACAUGUGAUUGUGAUUCAAGUGUGUUACUUGGGUCCCAAGUCGGAUGGCGAGGCGCUCGUGCAGGCUAUCAGUAGCUGGACGGGCGAGCGGCUGUUGUUGAAGGAUGUCGAGGAGCGAAGUUUCCUGUCGCAGCAGGACGGGGUUGCUAAGGUGCUCAAGGGUGGAACGGGAAGGAGGUGGAUGGUGCGCGGAGAUUUGAUCUCGACGUUGACGGACGAUGUGAUCGCCAAGAGCGUGCGCAAUUUCCAAGGACUGGGGAGCAGAGCGGUGUGGUUGUUCGAGCUGAUGGGCGGAGCUGUGGAGGACAGUGCGGCGGACGAGACGUGCAUUUGUCCGGAAGCGCGCGCUGCCAAGUUUACGGUGGGAUCGCUGCAACAGUGGAGCGGCAAGGAGGAAGACAGGACGUGCAUCGAGAGCGUCGAGCGGUGGUUGAACGAGGUGGUGGACAAGGUGAGCGUAGGUGGACCCUACCCGUGCUUCUUGGGCAGGUCGGAGCGUAUGGAUCGCGUGAUCGGGGCGUACGGUCUGGACAACUUCAAGCGGCUGUUGGAGAUCAAGAGGAGCGUGGAUCCGGGCAACAUGUUCAGGCACACGUUUGGACACGGGUUUGUGGUGGAUGAUCCGGCUAAGGUGCUGGAAGAGCUCGAGGAGAGGCAGACAGCGAGGAGAAGCAUGCAGCAGCAGCAGGCGCAACAGGCGGGCCAGUUGAGCGGCUCGAACGGGUUGUCCGAGGAAGCGUGA